AGACGUCCUUGAAAAGCAAAAGGAAAACACAGAUAAUUACACCGCCGCUUCCUUUUUUUCUUCUGAGGAUCUGGACAAGUAUUCCCGAGAAACAAACAAAAGCUCUGCCAAUUAGAACUCUCCACUUCUAUCUCUGUAUCUGAAUAACAAGGAAAGAAACCCUUUCCAAUCAAGCGAACGCCAGUUGGAUAGAGUUUUUGGAGUUCUAUUCUAUCCAUUUGCCUCGAUUUUAGAAAAAACGCAGAAAAUUUUCUAGAUAUUUUUUGCUUCUCCGUACAGGAUUUUUCAUUUUAUCGGGAAGAAAAAAAAGGAAGGAAAAGGAAAGAGAGAUGAUGAGAAGGCAGCAAGAUCAGCAGUCCGGGGUUUUAUACGAGCUCUCGUCUCUAGUUCUCAACAUCCUUCGAUCGCCUCCGUCUCCGAUCCCGUUCUCCGAUCACUCUCUACCGGCACCGGCGCCGGCGUCGGUGCAGUCGUCGAGGCGUUCGUUGCAGCAGAUCUCGCCGGCGGGAUUCGCUUCGCUGCUGCUAGGGAUUUCGCUGGCGCUGAUGCUGUGUGGAUCGGUGACUUUCUUCAUCGGAUUCAUACUGAUGCCGUGGGUUCUCGGAUUGGUGAUGGUGUUCUAUGUGGCCGGAAUCGUUUCGAGUCUCUCCAUGUUGGGACGCUCGCUUCUUUGUUACGCCACGGCUCCUUCCACGCAGCGAAAGGAAAUUCCCGCAUGGAAAGUUUUGUAAAGACAAGGACGAGGGUGAGUCAGAGAGAGUUGAAUUGAGCUUUGUGGGGAGUGGAUGAAGCAGCACAAUAUUUUGUUGUGAUUGGUUCUGCGUCUAGAAUAUAUGCCAAACUGAAGUUAUAGGAUCUUCUUCACAAUAUAUUUUCAUGCAGGAGAACUGUGCAUAAUCGUCUUAUCAACUUUUACUGAUAUGUGGAUAUGGCUUCUGUUGUUUAAGUUGAAAUAGCGAAAUCAAUGACGGUUUUCUAA